AUGGAGGCUAUGGAAGAUGACAGUUCGGAAGUAAAAGAUGACCAUAAUCACAACUAUUGUGCGAGCAACAGCAGUAAGGUCCAGACUGAUUCAAGCAGCCGACUGUCCGAUGUGACAACUUUCCCUCAGCCUGCCUGUUUAGCGCUUCUGGGAAGGGAAGAUAUGUCGGGUCGGAGGAGUUUGCCAUGCCGCAGCACUGAUGGUUCCAAGUUAAUGGACUCGGACUCUGGCAGCGAAUCUAGCGAAGAGACCGAACCUGCCGCAUCUGCUCAAGACAAGUUCACUGUCGACUCGACUUCAAAGUUCCUUCUUAAUGCAACGGCCGUGCAAGACUAUCGUAACAACCACUGGCCAAACCUGGAGAAGGCCAUUGAGCGAUUGCUCAUUCAGAAUCCCACGGACCACAUCUCUGUUUCGUAUGCUCAAAUAUACAGUUACGUCUACAAGUGUGUUUGCCAGCAAUACUCAGAGCUGCUUUACAGUGACCUGAAAUCCAAAAUCACUGAUCAUCUACAGCAAGUGUCCGCCGAGCUACAUGCCGUCCCACAAGAAAACCUGAUUGAAAGCUUCAACACAGCCUUGACACAAUACUUUGCGGCUCUUCAGUGUAUUGUUCCAGUGUUUAUGUAUUUGAACAAGUUUUACAUCGAGUCCAAACUGAAUCGUGAUCUGAAACAGGAUUUGAUGAACCUGUUUGCCGAUCACGUCGCAGAGAAAUAUGUCAACACGCUCAUGCCUCUCCUGAUUAAAGCUCACGCCGUGCCCUUCAAGGUGCAGCCGUCAACUAUGGCCAGUGUGGUGAAAGGCCUGCAUAGCCUCCGACCAGAGUGGACCCAGUUGGCUCCUGUUCUUUUCUCUGACUUUAUUCCUCAAAUCAACCCUCCUGCUAUGGAGUCUCUGCUUUUGGAGUACGCAGCGAAUGACCAGAAGCUCCAGAUGGAACUUUCCUUGAACGGCUAUCCACGAGGUGAUCAGUCCCGCAAACGAUCCAACGAUGACUCCUAA